AUGGGGUCAACCAACCCGACCGCACCCAAGACGGGCAUCCGCGUCAUCGUCGUCGGCACCGGCUUUGCAGGCCUGACAGCCGCCAUUGAGUGCCACCGCCAGGGCCACACGGUCACGGUGCUCGAAAAGUUUCCCGUGCGCAAGGAGCUCGGCGACAUCAUCAGCUUCGGCCAGAACUCGAGCCGUAUUUUUCGACGGUGGCCCGGCGUCGCCGAGAAGAUUGAGCCGCUGAGCCACCGCGCCAACAGCCUGCAGAUCAAGACGUUUGACGGGCACCCGCUGCUGCGGCAGGAGUGGGCCGAGGAGAAGCAGCUCUGGGGCACGCGGUACGACGGCCAUCGGGGCGAGCUGCACGGCGUGAUGCUGGACUAUGCCGAACAGGAUCUCGGGAUUGACAUUCGGCUGGGCCACCGCGUCGUGCAGUACCAUGAGACGGCCGACACGGCAGCGGUGGACGUCGAGGUGGACGUCGACGGCAGGAAGGCGACGAAGCGCAUCGAGGGCGACGUCGUGCUGGCCGCCGACGGUGUGCGCUCGCUGGGCCGCACGCUCGUCCUGGGCCACGAGGACAAGCCGCUGGCCUCGGGCUAUGCGGUGUACCGCGCGUGGUUUGACGGCGCCGCGAUCGCCAAGGACCCGCUGACGUCCUUCUUCUACAACAACCCAGACGGCGACCAGCACAUUUGCUGGAUCGGCCCGGACGUGCAUUUCAUUGCCGCCUCUCUCAAAAAGGGCAGCUUCUCCUGGGUCUGCACGCACAAGGACGUCGCCGACAUUGACGAGAGCUGGCAGCUCGAGGCCCCCGUGGCCGAUGCGCGCAAGGUGCUGGCCGGCUGGGACCCCGUGGUCCAGCGCAUCCUGGACCUGACGCCGGAACCGCUCGUCGACUGGAAACUGGUGUACCGGGACCCGCUGCCCACCUGGACCAGCCCGCACCGCCGCAUCGCCCUCCUUGGCGACGCCGCCCAUCCGUUCCUGCCGACCUCCAUCCAGGGCGCCAGCCAGGCCGUCGAGGACGGCGUGACGCUCGGUGUGACGCUGCGCCGUGCCGGCUCGGCCGCCCUUGUGCCCGAGGCCAUUGCGGCGUUCGAGGCCCUGCGCUACGAGCGCGUGCGGGCCGCCCAGAAGACGGGCGAGACGACGCGGGACACGUGGCACAAGACCGACAUGGACGCCAUCCGUGCGAACCCGGAGGCCAUGCGCCUGCGGCGAGAGGCGUGGGUGCUGGGCCACGACGCCGAGGCGUAUGCGGAGGAGCACUAUGACGCGACAGUGGACGUGCUCCGGCGGACAGGACUCCAGGACCUGACAGAGGCGCGCAAGCUCAAUGUGCCGGACAUGUCGGACACGGUCAAAGUGAGCAACGAUUGA